UGGGAGUACCCCUUUAAGACUGAAUCAGCUUAUCCACUCUCUGCUGAAUUAGUGAAGUGGGUGGAUUGAUCCCUCUGAAAAGUUCAAUGAGAUGUCAUUGCCUGAUACAUACCUGCGGGAACCCUCCCUGCCUAAAUUAUAGGUUUGCGAAGAUAAACAAAAGAAAAAAAAACAUUGACUGUGAAAGUUGUGUGUCAACUGUAUCCAAGGGGGAAAAUAAUGCUGAAAAAAACAGGAGUGUAAUCAAUUCAUUAUUGGCAUGUAUCUCACUCCUGUCAGACACGUCAUGAAUAUUAAUAACGUUCUGAAAGGUGACACCCAUUAAAAAGUAUUUAUAAGGAGACUAGAGUGGGGUGCAGGACAUGCUCCAGCAGUACUAGACUGUCUUACUCACUAGAUCCUUGCCUUGGCAUCACCUACUGCUUGUAGACAUGGCUUAUCAAUCUUCAUCCUCUUCCUAUAGGGUAUCCUCUGGUGGAUCCGUAGCUGGUGGUAGGGGAGUUGGCUCAAGGAAUUCUGUGUCUUUUUCUAAGUAUGCUGGCAGUGGAGCAGGGGGAAAUUAUAUGGGAAAUGCAAGUUUUUCCCAGGCUGCAGACUUUGGUGGAAACUUAGGUGGCGGUUUUGAUGGUGGUUAUGGUGGUGCAGCAGGAGCUGGUUUUGGUGGUGCAUCAGGAGCUGGAUUUGGUGGUGCAGCAGGAGCUGGCUAUGGUGGUGGAGCUGGCUUUGGUGGUGGAGCUGGCUAUGGUGGUGGAGCUGGUUAUGGUGGUGGAGCUGGCUUUGGUGGUGGAGCUGGCUUUGGUGGUGGAGCUGGUUUUGGCGGUGGCUUCAACCAAGGAGGGGGAUUUGGUGGAGAUGGCCUUCUCUCUGGCAACGAGAAGAUGACCAUGCAGAACCUUAAUGACCGUUUGGCCAACUAUCUGGACAAGGUGCGUGCCUUGGAAGAAUCCAAUGCCGAACUGGAGAAGAAGAUUCGGGAAUGGUAUGAGAAGCAGAGUCCCGUUGCCAAGGAAGCAGAUUACAGCCAAUACUUUAAGACCAUCGAAGAUCUUCGUGCUAAGAUCCUUGCUGCCCAAAUUGAUAAUCACAAAGUGAUCUUGGCCAUCGACAACACAAGACUCACCACAGAUGACUUCAGACUCAAGUAUGAGAACGAGUUGGCUCUCCGCCAGAGUGUUGAGGCAGAUAUCAAUGGACUCCGUAGAGUCCUGGAUGAGCUUACCUUGUCCAAGUCUGACCUGGAGAGCCAGAUUGAAAGCUUAACCGAAGAACUGGCCUACCUGAAGAAGAACCACGAGGAGGAGAUGAAGGGAAUGCACGGCCAAGUCAGUGGAACCGUCAACGUUGAGAUGAAUGCUGCUCCUGGUAUCGAUCUGAGCAAGACCCUGGCCGAUAUGAGAGCAGAUUAUGAGAAGUUGGCGGCCAAAUACCAGCAAGAGGCUGAAGAGAGAUUCCAGGCCCAGACCAAGGAACUGCGAGUACAGGUUGUCAGUGGAAGCCAAGAGGUCCAGACUUCUAAGUCAGAAAUCACAAACCUGAAGCAUACACUACAGAGUUUGGAGAUAGAGUUGCAGUCUCAGCUCAGUAUGAAAUCAGCUCUGGAGUCCUCCUUGGCAGAAACUGAAGGACGCUACUGUGCGCAGUUGUCACAAAUCCAAGAACUCAUAUCCAACGUCCAGUGUGAACUCCAAGACAUAAGAAACCAACUAGAACUCCAGAGCAGUGAAUACAAGAUGCUUUUGGAUAUUAAGACUCGUCUGGAACAAGAGAUCGCCAAAUACAGAGAACUGCUAGAUGGAGGCGAUAAGAGCAUUCCUGCAGCUGGCGGAUCUUCCUCAAGUACAGUCACAACUUCUUCCACUACAUCUACUACAAGAGUCCGCUAAGCUUGAACCCACAACACAAAACCCAGAAUGGUUUUAUAUUGCACGGCUCUUGUAUGCCUCCCUCGUGUCUCUUCAUAUGCAAGGACACUAGUUACAUGGUGUUUCUCUGGCUUUUAUGGUGGUCAAUAAAUCUUUUCUUUCUGC